AUGGACGAAGUUGAAGACGAAAGCGUCAAUGAUGUAAUUGGCGACAAUGUGAGUAAUAAGGAUAUUAUAUUUUUGAAAGAGUUGAUCAAGCAUAAAAACCUUCUGAUUAAGUCGCAACAAAAAACAAUAAACAGUUUACACGAACAAAUAAACUCAUUGACAGCUAUGAUGAGACAAGCAACGACAUCUGUGACUGAGCAGAAAGAACACGCAAAUUCUACCAGUGCGAGUCGAAACAAAUCAGAAAGCAGAAAGCCCAUGAAUAAAGUAAAUAAACAUACAAGUGACUCAGGAGUGUCGAAACAGCAGGUGUCUGCGAAUAGCACCAAGUUCUCGUAUUCGAGCACGAACACCAGUCAGCAGGUGGCUACAGCAGUGGAGCGGGCGCAAGCGCAGACGAGUGCUAAACCGACAGCAGCACCAAUAUCGUCAGUGCCAGCGGCCGUUCGUCAUCCUGAUGAUGGAACUGAUGCAGAUGGCAGUAACUCCAGUCAGUGGCAGCCGGUCAAGACUCGACGAAACAGAAGUAGACGCAGCCUAGUCGUAGGUAAGGUCCCGAAACUGGCGCAGUGA